CAUAGUCUGAUUCGUGUCAGAUUUGUUUAUAGAAUAAAUAAGUGUUGACUACAAACAUAUUCUUAUUCUUACAUAUUCUAUAUAAAUAUAUAUAUUCUAUAUACAUAUAAUACGCUGGCGAAAUGGAGGAAUAUACACGUGAACCAUGUCCGGUUCGCAUAGUCGAGGAUUGCGGCGGAGCCUUUGCCAUGGGCACUUUGGGUGGCGCUUUCGUUAAUGCCAUCAAAGGAUUUCGUAAUGCUCCCAGUGGACUGCCACGGAGAUUGGCUGGCAGCUUUGCUGCAGUCCGUACACGUUCCGCCUUGUUGGGUGGAAAUUUCGCCAUUUGGGGUGCCACAUUCAGUGUCAUGGAUUGCACCAUGGUUUAUGUGCGAAAGAAGGAAGAUCCCUGGAAUUCCAUUAUGAGUGGAGCGGCCACUGGUGGCAUUUUGGCGGCUCGUGGAGGUGUCACUUCGAUGCUUAGCAGUGCUGUAAUUGGUGGCAUACUUCUGGCCUUAAUUGAGGGUGUUGGCAUUGCUGUAUCCCGAUUCUCUGCCGAUAAUUAUCGGCCAGUUUCUUUAGUCGAGCGUCAUAAGAUUUUUAUGCAACAGCAACAACAGCAACAUUCACAGAUUGUGCCUCGUUUUUAUAGCGAAUCACCAGAGUUCAAUUCUUCGCCAGCAUAGUGACUACAAUAUGAUAUUCAAAUUUUUGCUUCGUCAUCAUCGCUAUCAAAUUGUCUAUAUAUACAUGAGCUGCAUACAAAUGUUGUUGAAAACCGA